GCAGGGACGACAAGCGCAGGGAGAUAAACCCACUCUGAAACCACCAGGGUAGGGGAUAAAAAUAGUGAAAACCACCGUCUUGCUUUCACCCAGAACUGUUUAUAUUUCAUCACUUCAUCAAAGAGAGGGAGGCCAGCCCAGGAUGAACGGCGAGUCAGGUGCCGGAGUGGUGACGGCCCCUCCUCCCACCACAGCCCCCCACAAGGAGCGGUACUUUGACCGGGUGGACGAGAGCAGUCCAGAGUACCAAAGGGAGAGGAACAUGGCGCCUGACCUGAGACAGGACUUCAACAUGAUGGAGCAGAGGAAGAGGGUCUCCAUGAUUCUACAGAGCCCGGCUUUUUGCGAUGAGCUGGAGACAAUGAUCCAGGAUCAGCUGAAGAAGGGGAAGACGCCCACAAGCCUGCUGGCUCUGCAGCAGAUCGCAGACUUCAUGACCACCAGCAUGCCCUCCAUGUAUCCCGCUGCACCACAGGGAGGCAUGGCGGCGCUGAACAUGAGUUUGGGGAUGGUGACUCCAGUCAACGAUCUGCGCGGCUCAGACUCUAUUUCCUACGACAAGGGUGAGAAGCUGCUCCGCUGCAAGCUGGCUGCCUUUUACCGGCUCGCUGACUUGUUCGGCUGGUCUGAGCUCAUCUAUAACCACCUCACAGUCAGAGUGAACUCAGACCAGGAGCGCUUCCUUAUUGUUCCUUUUGGGCUCCUUUACAGUGAAGUUACUGCCUCCAGUCUGGUGAAGAUAAACCUUCAAGGUGAGGUUGUGGACAGAGGGAGCACCAACCUUGGGGUCAACCAGGCCGGUUUCACCCUCCACUCAGCCAUCUAUGCUGCACGGCCUGAUGUCAAGUGUAUUGUACAUAUACACACACCUGCAGGUGCUGCGGUUUCGGCUAUGAAAUGCGGGCUGUUACCCAUCUCACCGGAGGCGCUGUCUCUCGGUGAAGUGGCCUAUCACGACUAUCACGGCAUACUGGUGGAUCAGGAAGAAAGUGCUCUCAUACAGAAGAACCUUGGGCCAAACAGCAAGGUGCUCAUCCUGAGGAACCAUGGCUUGGUGUCAGUAGGUGAAACAGUGGAGGAGGCUUUCUAUUACAUCCACAAUCUGGUCACUGCCUGUGAGAUUCAGGUGCGAACACUGGCUAGCGCUGGAGGGCCAGAUAAUCUGGUGAUGCUGGACCCGGGGAAAUACAAGUCACGUCCUCGGGUUCCUGAGCCAGCUGGGGAUGGGUCAGCAACACACCCCAAAUGGCAAAUCGGGGAGCAGGAGUUUGAGGCUCUUAUGAGAAUGCUCGACAACUUGGGCUACAGGACGGGCUAUCCUUACCGCUGCCCGGCCUUGCGAGACAAAGGUAAAAAGUACAGUGAUGUGGAGAUCGCUUCCUCCGCCCAUGGUGGUUACUCAUACGGGGAGGACAGCGACUCAGGUGCUCGCUCCCCGCUGAAACACAGCUUCCAGCGCGGCCCGCGCGACAAGACCCGUUGGCUCAAUGCCGGCGGUCGCCCCGACGAGCCCUACGAGGAUGGGCCCGACGGCAGCAGCCCCAAGUCGAAGCCUAAGUGGACUAAGGAAGAUGGGCUCCGCCAGGCUGCCGCAGCCAAUCAGUUCAUCCCAUUAAACACCAACCCAAAGGAAGUCCUGGAAAUGAGGAAUAAGAUCCGGGAGCAGAACCUGCAGGAUAUUAAGACAGCAGGACCCCAGUCUCAGGUUCUGUGUGCAGGCACUGUGGGGGAUCGCUCCUUCAACCAGAGAUUGUCAAUCUGGCAGGACGCCCCUCUGUCUGACUGUACAGACACUAUUGAUGGCCUCGAUGUGUCCGAGGGGUCCUAUAGUCCUGCUAAAUCAUUUAGAAAGGGCGAACUAAUAACCGCAUCCAAGGCCAUCAUCGAAAAGGAGUACCAGCCCAAGGUUAUUGUCAGCAAGCAGGGCCCCAACCCCUUCACCAAACUAACCGACCAGGAGCUGGAGGAAUACCGCAAGGAGGUGGAGCAGAAACAGAAAGGAUCCGAAGUGCAGGCACGAGACGAUAUUAGGGAGGAAUCGACCUCCAACGUACCCGGUCCAGACCCUGAAACGGUGCCGAGGGGUCAGUCCUCUGUCUCAACACCUCUACAGUCUGCGGUUGACGCACCCAGCUUAGAGAAAGCCCAGCCUACAGCUACAACAGCAGCCUCUGAGCAGGAGUCUUCUUCUCUCGGCCCGUCCAGUGCGGCCGAGCCAGCUCAGAGCGGUGCAGACUCUGCAGGGACAGUAGCAGACGACGUUUUUUCGACUGGAGAUGAGGUUUUUUCGGCUCCAGAUUCUCCACAUAAGGAGUUCCACUCUGCCGUGCUGCGAGCCCUCAGCAAGGAGCCGUCUGUGGUAGAGGCAGCUAAGGCAGGUCAGGCUCCAGAUCCAGAUCCAGAUGCAGAGCAGCAAGUAGAGUCUGAGGAGGAGCCCAAAGGCCCAAAACCCACCUCCACACCACCCAGCACCCCGGUCAGAGCAGAGGAAGAGUCCUUGCCAGAACAAACUUUUAAGGAUGAGAGCGACGCAGCCACCCUGAGACAGACCCUUCCAGAUUUAACACCUGACGACCCAUCUGACGCUCCAGCACUUCCUGCCGAAGACUCCACCUCGGCCCCUGCCGCUGCAGACGCAGCCGAGGGGGAGGAACCCGCUGACGCUGGCGACCAGGAGGGAGACGAGUCUCCCAGCAAAUCGCCCUCCAAAAAGAAAAAGAAGUUCCGCACUCCUUCCUUCCUAAAGAAAAACAAAAAAAAGACAGAGUCCUAGAUUGGAGAAUGUUGGAUCGGUCCUCAAGGCUGGCCUCAGCUUCUUUUCAUUUUCGCUUUUUGUCUGCUAUCAUCGCACCCUUCGAGCAAGCCACAGUUACACGCAGUUAUUGCUUUUUGUUGUUUUGAUAUCAUUCGUUGCUGGCUUAUUAACCUAUUUUUCCUCGUUAGUGUGUGCCAAUUUUGUAUACAAUGUAAAAAUGAUUGCAUAAAGGUUUUUAAUUAUUAGAGGCUUUUAGUUGUGAGUGAGUGAUGCAUUCUGUCUUGUCCACUCCAUCUGGCCUUUUAUGCAUGUCUAUUACUACAAAGCCCACACUCUUGAUGUGAGGUUUUAGGGUUUUAUCCCUCUUUUUUUUUUGGUUUUUUUUUAAAGAAUAAGUAAUACUAAAUCAUUGUAACCACUAGAAUGUAUUGGGAUUGUAUCAAAAUAUGUCAAAAGUGUCUUUUAAAAAAAAAAAACAGUGAAUGCAGGAAGAGAAGCUUGUACCCUGUCAUUUAACUGGUGGUAAAUUCUGACAGCGAGAACUACAAAUUGCAUAGUUCUAAUUGUACCCCUGAAGCUGUGCAUCCAUGUAAUUACUUGUUUGCAGACCAAGAAGUGCGGUUUGCAUAGCUUCAACAGACUAUAUAAUACUGGAAAAUGUGUCCAUAAUGCAAUAUUUCUGAUUAAAUAACUCAGUACAUUCAAUCUUAUCACAUCUGGACGUUUGUUUACUUUUUUUUUUAAUGCUUCAAAUCUUCUACCUACACGGCCAGAUUUGUUGUGAAGUGCUUACAAUCUCGAUAUGAUGUGGAAGUUCGGUUCAAUCUUUCACAAACCACAUUCCUCAGAAUUAUCCGUCUGAGGUGCUGCAAACAUGCAGAUGAUAUUGUCUGAACCUUUGACGUUGCGCAUAGUUCACAGCGAAAUGUGAGUCAUCCCUGGAAGCGCGAGCAUCCGUUGUGCUUGUUGAUUAUUCCGAGGGUUGAUGUAAUGUAUCUGCUACUGGCUAGAAGUCUUUAAUAUGAAGGAAUGUGUAAAAAAAAUAAUGUGCUUUUCAUUUCUUCUGAUUAUUUCAGCUUGGCUUUGUUUUGCUUUUUCCCCCCUUGGUUUCUCCUCGUCUCUGAAGGUCAGAAACAGACAGCGAUGCUACACAUUUCAUUUUGUUCCUGAUUGUGUCAUUUUGUCGUUCUUGUGCUUUUUCUCACAUCGUAGAUUGAGCCAUGAUUUCUUGCUGAGAGAGAGCACUGUGAAACUCCUCUUUGUUUUUGUUUUUUUAAACCACUGUUUGGGAACCCAUACCACAUGUUUUAGCGAGUCACAGUCAAUCAUAGAUGCAGUUAUUACAUAAAUGACAAUGUCACUGUUACAAACCAAGCCGCGCGAUCAAUCAUGUUUCAGAACCUUUCUCCUGGACUUUCCUGUGUUGAACUCCACUCUGAGCAGAAAUACUUUGUGUGUGUUUUUCCAGUUGCAGUAAAGACACAAAUGUACACUGGAGAAUCGCUGUAAUCAAUAGAUUGCAAAUGAGUUGUGCUUGAGGUUGCAGGGCAUUAAUACCAAGGCCAUUUCCAUGCUUUGCUUAACUUGUGUUCAGUCCUCCUGUUUUAAUGAAGGGUUUGUCAUCUAAGCUUCACCUUAUCCGAUGUGCUUAACAGACCUUGGCCCUUUUUUUUUGUUUUCACUGCAAGUGGUUUACUUCCACGCUACGUAUAAGCUGAGAACUAAACUCCUGAAGGACUGCAUGUGGAGAGAGCUGAGAAUGUGAGCUGUCCUAUAAAUGACUGUAACUACCCCUUA